UCCUUAAGUGUUUACAAUGGCGGCGGCCGUUUGCUAACUGAGAGAGAGAAAAUAAAAACAAACAAAAAGAAAAUAUUUCUGCUUUCUGAAAGGAGACAAGACGUAUUAUUACGAGGAUGACGAACAGGACGUCAUAUUUCUAUGACCCGGACGUGGGCAACUUCCAUUACGGCACCGGUCACCCCAUGAAGCCUCACCGCCUGUCCCUCACACACAGUCUGGUUCUGCAUUACGGCCUCUACAAGAAGAUGAUGGUGUUUAAGCCGUACAAAGCCUCGCAGCACGACAUGUGCCGCUUCCACUCUGAAGACUACAUCGACUUCCUGCAGAAGGUCUGUCCCAACAACAUGCAGGGCUUCACCAAGAGCCUGAACACCUUCAACGUGGGAGACGACUGUCCGGUGUUUCCAGGUCUGUUUGAGUUCUGCUCAAGAUACACCGGAGCAUCUUUACAGGGAGCCACACAGCUCAACCACAAGAUCUGUGACAUCGCCAUCAACUGGGCCGGAGGUCUGCAUCACGCCAAGAAGUUCGAGGCGUCGGGAUUCUGCUACGUCAACGACAUCGUCAUCAGCAUCCUGGAGCUCCUCAAGUACCACCCCAGAGUGCUCUACAUCGACAUCGACAUCCACCACGGCGACGGCGUCCAGGAAGCCUUUUACCUGACGGACCGGGUCAUGACCGUGUCCUUCCACAAAUACGGGAACUACUUCUUUCCCGGCACAGGCGACAUGUACGAGGUGGGAGCGGAGAGCGGCCGCUACUACUGCCUCAACGUCCCGCUGAGAGACGGCAUCGACGACCAGAGCUACAGGCAGCUGUUCCAGCCCGUCAUCAAGCAGGUGGUGGACUUCUACCAGCCCACGUGCAUCGUCCUGCAGUGUGGCGCCGACUCUCUGGGCUGCGACCGGCUGGGCUGCUUCAACCUCAGCAUCCGAGGACACGGGGAGUGUGUGGAGUUCGUGAAGAGCUUUAAGAUCCCUCUGCUGGUGCUGGGCGGAGGAGGCUACACCGUGAGGAACGUGGCUCGAUGCUGGACGUUCGAGACGUCGCUGCUGGUGGACGAGUCCAUCAGCGACGAGCUGCCGUACAGCGAGUAUUUCGAGUACUUCGCUCCGGACUUCACGCUACACCCGGACGUCAGCACCAGGAUCGAGAACCAGAACUCCAGACAGUACCUGGAGCAGAUCCGUCAGACGGUCUUCGAGAACCUGAAGAUGCUGAACCACGCGCCCAGCGUCCAGAUCCACGACGUGCCGUCCGACAUGCUGAGCUACGAGCGCAACGACGAGCCCGACCCGGACGAGCGGGGCGGCGAGGAGAACUACACCAGGCCCGAAGCCGCCAACGAGUUCUACGACGGCGAGCACGACAACGACAAGGAGAGCGACGUGGAGAUCUGACCCGAGGCUCCGGGGGCCGAGCGAGGAGGGAGGACGCCGCCGGAGUCUGCUUUGUCUGCAUCGGCCACACGCCGGGUAAAACCCUCUGAGGACGUCUGAGGAGGUUUCUGUCCCCACGGAGCCGCAAACGAAAGGAUGAGCUCACGUGAGCGCCGCCGCCACCGCCGCCUCCUUCUGUAAAUACACGUCUGAACUGUGAGGGACGAAGAACGACUCCCAGACGAACCGCUUUUAUGUGACUUUUGAUAUUGUUGUCAGAAACCUGUUUGUAAUAAAACUCCAAAUCGGACUGGCGCGUGUUUGUGUGUGUGAGUUCCCUUCGUGGCCACCAGAGGGCGACGCAGCUCCUCGAAUAAAGACAGGAGGCCAGGCCCCGUUUCCACGGCAACACCACACAACACCCACAAAAUCGUCACUGAACUCUCAACAGUAUUUUUCAAACGAUCUCCUGCAGCGUUGGAGCAAUUUAUAAAAUAAUUUGGGAUUUUGGAUUCAUGAAGAUUUCCUUAAAUAAUCCUUCUUCUAACUUCCCAGGUCCCCUGGUGUUAUUUUCAGUAUUUUACUGCUGUAGUCCUUCUUUUGUCUCAUGAUGGACGUCAAUUUAUUUUUAUACAGCUUCGAUUUUUCUUCACUUGUUCGUAGUCAUAAAAUAAACUUAUAUAGUUGAUUUUUCUUCUAACAUGGUUUUUGUAGACCUUCAGUCAUCCGUGGCUCUGCUUUGUUAGUCUUUCACCCAACACUCUGACAGGACAGCGUUUGUUGUAUAAUUCUAAAAAAAUGAACAAAAAAGUGUCCAAAUCAAUUUAUGAUCAGGAAACUCCUGGAAACUUGACUUUAACUCCUCGUGUUGUUUAUCGUCUUUUAGAAUACUUUCCUGAACUGAUUUUUUUUCCUUUCGGUUUCUUCUAAAGUGAAACAGAAAUGUUCUUUAUAUGAUG